AUGGAUAUGGAGAAGUGGUUCUUCAACCUUGAGAGCACCAACACAGAGAAUGAGACCAUCCAGGAAUCCCGCAUGGCAAGAAUUCGGACCUCUGUGGUUGAGGCUUCUUCGCCACUGACGGUGUUUCCAGAUACUGACGAUGGCUUCAGGCAUUCAACAAGCUUGGCUUCGGUGUAUCCAGCUCGCCUCUUCCGCCGCGCCCACGCCAUCUCCCCACACGCCGUCGCCCUUCUACCGGCAUGCCGCGACAUCCCCUCCGCGGUGACCGAGCUCCGCUGGAUCAGGUCGCACGUCGCCAGCAACCCUGCGUCGGCGGCGGCCACCACCAACGGUAGGCGAUCGCCAUCAAAGGUGCUGUCCGGGCAGGAUGAGGAAGCCCGCGUCGCACGCCUCUGCGCAAAACGCGGCCGCGGCGUGCCGCUGCAGUACGUCCUCGGCUCCCAGCCGUUCGGAGCGCUCGACAUCAAAUGCCGGCCCGGCGUGCUCGCCCCGCGCGCCGAGACGGAGGCGUAUGCGCUGCACCUGACCGAGAUGAUCACGCGUGGCCGUCUGCCGGGGUUUGAGAGCAGAGAGCUGCGGGUCGUGGACUUUUGUACAGGCACUGGGUGCAUUGCGCUUUCGCUGUACGAGCGUCUUACACCAUGGGCGAAGAAGCUUAGUAUCACGGGCGUCGACGUAUCGCCCGUCGCCGUCAACCUCUCGCGAGAGAACUUGCGGCGCAACGUGGCUGCCGGUUGCUUGAUUCCACCUGCUCUUGGCAAGGAGGUGUCCUUCCGAAAAGCAGACGUCUUUCAGGAGACUGAUAUGCAGUCGCUUCAACGGUGCGACGUGCUAGUGUCCAACCCGCCGUACAUAUCACGCGAGGUGUGGACGUAUGGCCAGGGCCAGAUGGGCUACUCAGUUCGAAAGUACGAGCCGAAGCUCGCCCUGGUACCGGGGGAUACGGCACCGGCGUAUGAUGGAUGUGACCAUGCCGACGUCUUUUACGCGAGGCUGCUGGAUAUAGGAAGCCGGCUACGGCCACGAGUACUACUAUUCGAGGUGGGAGACGAGGAGCAGGCUCUUAGGGUGGUGAAACUCGUCAGACGCAACGACUUUACGAGACAUGCGUCAUGCGAGAUCUGGAGGGACUGGCCAGACUUGCCACCCGAAGAGGAGGAAGCAGAAUCAUUCAAUACGAUCUGGGCCAGUGGUUAUUGA